ACGUUUGGCAGAGCUGUCAUUCGCUCUUUUUCUCAUAAUGUAGCAGACCUUUCUAAGCUCUCGGCUCGGGACUUUGAGGAUAUUCUGCAGUGUUGUAUGCCGUGCUUUGAAGGACUUUUCCCGGAGCAACAUGACAAGGCCAUUCAAGAGCUCUUGUUUACAAUGAGCUACUGGCACUCCCUGGCCAAGCUCCGCAUGCAUACUGAAUCCACGCUUCAAGUCCUGGAGCAAGUGACGGUGUUGCUUGGUCAGCGUCUGCGGCUGUUUGCAUCUGCAACAAGCACAGAUCCCGGGCUUGUGGCUUACGAGACUGACCGCGAAUAUCAGGCUCGUGGUCGUGCUUUUCAGCGACGUCAAGCGCAGCAACCCUCCACUGGAGCAAGCUUGGGAGGCAAACGACGCAAGAUAUUCAAUCUUAUCACUGCUAAGUUGCACUUCCUUGGCUACUAUAUCCUGCACAUCCGCAUUCAUGGCACCACCGACGGGUUUACUACGCAUAUUGUAAGCUGCCGACUCUCACUGAAAAUCUCCCCAAGAGCACUCAUCUGCGCCCUCUAA